AUGGCAGAAGCAGCCGGAUUUACCCCGCCGUCGAUGGAUUGGCAAGCCGCAGAUUUACCUGACGAAUUCGAGCGGUUCCAACAAUACUGCCUUCUAGUUUUCCAAGGGCCCUUUUCCGACAAGUCCGACAAGGAAAAGGUCGCCUAUGUCAUGCUAUGGAUCGGGAGAACUGGUGUUGAUGCUUUCAAUAGUUUCGAGUGGGAUAAUGCAAGCAACAAAUCCAAAGUAGCUGCCGUCUUCAAGAAAUGUAAUAAGCAUUUGCAGCCACUGGUAAAUGCACGACUGGCUCGGUUUGAGCUUCAGAAAUACCGCCAGCAACCCGACGAGUCUGUAGAUGAUUUCUUUGCGAGGUGUAAGAAGAAGACGUCCAAGUGCAAGUUCAGGGACGCUCAGGAGACUAACGAUCGCCUGAUAGAACAGCUAAUCGUGGGGACGAAGCACUUGAAAGUGCAUGAACGCCUGCUGGAGGGUGGUAGUGAUUUGACUCUGGACGAAGCGCUUGGCAAGGCCCGUACUAAUGAAGCAACACAGCGCCACAUGGAGCAGCUGUCCAUCGCCACCAGCAGCAGCCGUCUACCUGAAACGGUUCACGCCAUUUCCAAAUCUGUGGGACACGCAGACUGCGGCAAAUGUGGACGAACCCACCACCCAAGCAAGUGCCCAGCGCACGGCUCCACCUGCAACAAAUGCGGGAAGGCGAAUCACUGGGCAAACGUAUGCCGUUCGCAGAGGAGAGACGAGGCACAUGGAAGGGGCCAGCAACGUGGACGCUGGCGCCAGAGGAGCCCCAGCCCGCGGGAGGGCUACCCCCAGAGGAGCCCCAGCCCACGGAGACGCUUCGACGCACUGCAUUUCGACGCCGUCAUCAUCGACAGCGUCGAGCGUCACCAACCGCCACUAGAGCGAGAGGUGUUCGCGACCCUCAAUGUCAGCCUGGACAACACCAACAGACCGGCCACCUUGAGAGCCAAGGUAGAUACGGGCGCCCAGGGCAAUAUAUUGCCGCUGAGAGUGUUCUGCCAAAUGUUCCCCCAGCACGUCGGACCAAACGGAUACCCAAAGCCGAAGUCCGUGAAGCCAUCAAGUACCACCCUCAAAGGGUACGGCGGAUCCAAGAUAAAGCAAUGCGGAACCCGUCCUAUUCCGUGCUCUUACGAUGGCAAGAGUCAACUCGCUGACUUCUACAUCACGGACUGCCCGGGCACUGCUAUCAUCGGUCUCCCGACAGCGACAGCCCUGCAGUUAGUCACGCUGAACUGCGCUGUCCAGGAGAAGCCAGCGAGCAUCCGAGACAAGGACGACCUGAUGAAGCAAUACCCGAAGUGCUUUGAUGGCAUUGGGAAAUUCCCAGGCAAGUACCACAUCACGGUGGACCCCAACGUCGUCCCGGUUGUACACCCUCCACGCCACCUCCACGCCAUCGCACUGAGAGACGAGAUCAAGACGGAGCUGGAGGACAUGAUCCAGAACGGCAUCAUCACCAAGAUCCAGGAAGGUGAACCAACAGCGUGGGUGAACAGCCUCGUGUUCCGCCUCAAAGACAACGGCAAGCUACGCCUGUGCCUAGACCCCAAGGACCUCAAUCACGCCAUCCUGCGAGAGCACCACGUGGUCUCCACCAUUGAGGAGAUCACCCGGAAGUUGAGAGGUGCCAAAGUGUUCUCGAUCGUCGACGUCAAAUGUGGGUACUGGAAUGUGGAGCUCGACGACGAAUCCAGUUACCUCACCACCUUCAACACACCAUUCGGGCGCUACAGAUUCCUUCGCAUGCCAUUCGGCCUCAAGAUGUCGCAAGAUGUCUUCCAAGCAAGGAUCGACCAGACGUUCGAAGGGUGGUCAGGCGUCACCAGAAUCGCAGACGACAUCGUCACAUACGGGACGUCAGACGAGGACCAUGAUCUCAACAUGCACCAGAUGAUGGUUCGCUGCGAACAAUCUGGUCUCAAGUUGAACCCAGACAAAUGCCGCAUCAAAGAGGACAAUAUCAAGUUCUUCGGCAUCAUCUGCAGCGCUGACGGAAUACAGCCCGACCCGAAGAAGGUCUCAGUGCUGAAGCAGAUGGAGCACCCCGAGAACGAGGACGAGCUCCAGACGUUCCUCGCGCUAGUCACGUACAUGAGCCCGUUCAUACCGAAUGCCAGUACACUGACCGCGCACCUGCGUGAGCUGACCAAGCCAGAUACACCGUUCGCCUGGACAGACAGCCACCAGCGCACCUUCGACAAGGUCAAGGCCGCCAUUUCGACAGAAGUAACGCUCAGUUACUUUGACCCAGGCAAGGCAACGACACUACAAGUCGACGCUUCCAUGAAAGGUCUCGGCGCCACUCUGCUGCAGGACGACAAGCCUGUUGCAUUCGCCAGCAAGAAGCUUACCGAGACGGAGUCUCGCUACGCCAAUAUUGAGCGUGAGCUCUUAGCUGUCGUAUACGGGUGUGAAAGAUUCCACACCUACCUAUUCGGUCAGUCAUUCACAGUAGAUGCCGACCACAAGCCGCUGGAGUCAAUCAAGCUCAAGCACCUUCGCGCAGCCCCGCCGCGUCUACAGCGCAUGCUGCUGAAGCUGCAGCAGUACGACAUGACCAUCAAGUACCGCCCCGGAAAGGACAUUCCGAUCGCAGACGCGCUAUCCCGACUGUCGCCAGAGGAAACCGAGCCAAUUGAGGACCUCGACGUCAGUGUACACGCCGUGUUCCAGCAAUUCAGCGAUGCAGCGAUGACGAGGAUCCGCGAGGAGUCAGCUAAAAACGCCGAGAUGUCAGCACUGAAGGAGAUGAUCUUCAGUGGCUGGCCAUCAGAGAGGAGCGCGGUGCCGGCAAUUCUGCUCCCGUACUGGAAUUUCCGCGACGAGAUGAGCACCGAGGACGGUCUCAUCCUGAAGAGCAGUCGCGUCCUGAUUCCCCCGCCAAUGAGGGGGGAAAUCCUUAGCAAGCUGCACGCCAGCCACCAAGGCAUAGAGAAGACCAAGCUGCGAGCCAGAACGUCCGUCUUCUGGAAGGACAUCAACAAGGAUAUCGAAGCAACUGUCUCAUCUUGCACGACGUGCCAGCGCCACCAGAGCAGUCAAGCCAAGGAACCACUGGUGCAGCCCGAUAUUCCGCCAAGGGCAUGGCACACCUUAGGCACGGACCUGUUCUACCUCGGCGGGUCAGAAUACCUCAUUGCCGCCGACUACUACUCCAAGUACUUUAUCACCCGGAAGCUGCCUGCCGGACAAGCGACCAGCAGGGCCAUCAUCCAGCACCUCAAGGAGAUUUUCGGUGAGCACGGCAUCCCAGCCGUGCUGAAGUCGGACAACGGGCCGCAAUACAGCAGCCAUCUGUUCGCGGAGUUUGCUGCCGAAUAUGGAUUCCGCCACAGUACGUCGUCGCCACAUCACCCGCAGAGUAACGGGUUUAUCGAAUCGCAAGUCAAGAUCGCUAAGAGAGCUCUCGAGAAGGCAAGGGAGAGCAGGACCGACCCGCACUUAGCACUGCUGUGCAUUCGCGCCACCCCAGUGUGCAAGGGCUUACCGUCGCCGGCCGAGAUGCUAUUCGGUCGUCAGGUACAGGACAACCUGCCUCGCAAACACCAGCGCGACACUCGGGACGAGGCCAUCCGACAGAAGCUCGAGGAACGGCAGGACCAGCAGAAAGUACACCAUGACCAGCAAGCGCAGUCUCUCCGCCCCCUAGUUCCUGGUCAGCACGUCGGCAUCCGCAGCCCGACCAUGCACCUGUGGGAACCUGGUAUCGUAACCCAGUCUGCCAACGGGCCACGGUCAUACAUGGUACAGCCUGACCAUGGGACAGAAGGGCGGUGCAACCGUACCCACCUCAGAGAGAGGCGGGUCCACUUCCCGCCGGAUGCCAGUCUCGCAGGCCCUCAGCCGUCGACGCGCAGCGACAUUGGCGAGCCUCAGCCGCCGAGUGACGUGCCGUCGCCGUGGAGCGACGUUAGCCAGUUUCAGCCGCCGUCACCAUGUGACGUCAGCAAGCCUGCUGAACCUGCCACCCAGCUGUAUCGAACACGGUGUGGCCGCGCAGUCGCACCCAGGUCAAUCCUGGAUGUGUAG